UCCUCAUUGCAAAUGUGGUUUCCGCUUUCGAGAUACGUUUACGGACAUUCGUUCUUUCCGCCUUCCAGGGCCGUUGCGCUGCACUGGAACACUUUCACACUGGGCGACCGAACUCAGCAGUCAGCGCACAGCGCCGCCGACGCCCCCUCGGCUCUUGUACGUAACCCGCAAUGGCGAGGCCCUCACGCCAAACCCUGGCCCCGCCGUCCGCGACCUCCCUCCGCCGCCUGUACGGACACUCGAAGCCGCCUCCUCCCCCGGCCUCGGCGUUCCGGAGAGCCGCGGCGGCGCUCCUCCUCGCCGCGGCCGUGGCGCUGCCCUGCGCCGUGCUGUACCGAGCCGUCGUGUCGAAUGCGCCUCCGCCGGUGCAGGUCGUGUGGGAUCGCUGGCCCUCGAGGGAGUGGGGCCCGCCACGAGCUCCGGUUGUGGUCCCCGAGCCCGAGGAGGACCGCGACCUCGACCCCAUUUCCGCCGACGAUCUGUGAAUAUCUCAAACUUGAGCAAGUUCUACAAGCGGCUUCUAUGGACAAUAAGACCAUUAUAUUGACGACGCUUAAUGCUGCAUGGUCUUCUCCAGGCUCAGUUAUAGAUCUUUUCAUUGAUAGCUUCCGGCAUGGUGUUAGAACUAGUUCACUACUGAAACACCUUGUGAUAAUAGCCUUCGACAGGAAAGCAUAUAGGCGAUGUACUGAGAUCCAUACCUACUGUUAUGCUCUUGUAACCGGUAAUGUGGACUUUUCUCAAGAGAAGAGGUUUCUGACUGCUGGGUAUCUGGAAAUGAUGUGGACAAGGCUGGAUUUCUUGCGCCUAGUUCUUGAAAAAGGUUACAGCUUCAUUUUCUCGGAUGCAGAUAUAAUGUGGUUUCGCAAUCCAUUUCCAUACUUUUACCCGGAUGGAGAUCUUCAGGUUGCAUGUGAUCACUAUGUAGGCAAUGCAACUGACUUGAGAAACAUAGCUAAUGGGGGGUUCAACUAUGUGAAGUCGAACAAUCAAAGCAUAGAGUUUUACAAGUUUUGGUAUUCUUCACGACUGAGAUACCCUGGUUAUCAUGACCAGGAUGUACUUAAUUUUAUUAAGCAUGAUCCUUACAUUAUGGAUAUUGGAUUAACCAUUAAGUUUUUAAGUACUACAUACUUUGGUGGUAUUUGUGAGCCAAGCAAAGAUUUAAAUGAGGUUUGCACAAUGCAUGCUAACUGUUGCAUUGGAUUGCAAAGCAAACUUCAUGAUUUAAGAAUCAUCAUGGAAGAUUGGAGGGAUUAUAUGUCUAUGCCACCAAGCUUAAAAACACCUGGGGCAUUCUCAUGGAGGGUACCACAAAAUUGCAGUCUUUCAUUGUUAAACCAGUGAGACAUGUUUUUGGAUGCAAAUGGUGUGGUAUAGUCAAACAUGUCAAUUUCUGAGAAUUUUGUUGGCAGCUGGAAAGAAAAAUGUACUUGAAAGGAAAAACCAGUGCAUGAGGAACUCCACCUUUUGUUUGAGAAAGACCCGGCUUAGCAGAUUAUAUCUUGAGGACUCUGCCAGUUGAUGCCUUCAUCAGUGUUAUGCAUCCUCUACUUUGGAAAAUAACCAACACGAAGGGAACAUUCCAAGUUCAAGGGUUGAAGGCAUCGGCACAGCAAAAGAUGAACUGGCUAUGACUUGAGGGGUGGAAUCCAUGACCAUGCAGAAUGACUGAAUGAGGGGUGGAAUGUUCAAUAGUGUACAGAGGGAGUAUUUCAUAUAUUACCAAAUCCUGUGAAUCAAGAGGUUCAAUACCGAGGAAGGAACUUCAGUUGAUAUCCACUAGAAAAUCGAAAUACCGAGGAAGGAUUUUUUUUUAACAGAACCGAGGAAGGAAUUUUAGUUGCUAUCCACUAGAAAAUGGAAACCAAUUGUAUGUCAUGCAAAAGAGAAGUGUUUUAGGCUGCUAGCUAUUUUGACCUCAUUAAUUGUUAAACACAAACCCAUUGAGGCAAGGAAAUAUACAAAUUGUAGCUGGUAGAAUCAUGCAAAUUUGAGAAAGUUCAAGUUUAAGUUGUUCGAAUGAGAGUUUUCCUUAUUGGUAAACUUUGAUUUCAUUUAGGCAAACAGAACCAGGACUACCAACAACACAGAAACUGUAAAACCGCAUGUCCUACAGGAGGUAAAUUUGUAUUUGUGACUUUUUAAAUAGUAUAUCAUUCUUUUUUUAAAAUAUGAUUUCACAUUUGGUUUGAUCCUAUGAAUUCAACUCAAGUGCAAAAAAAAUUCCAUGAUUACAAAUUCUAAAAG